AUGCCACCCUGGAAGAGAAUCUCGAAAUGGUGUGAGGUGCCGUGUGAGGGAGACGAGGAGAUCUCGUUCUUGGUGAACCCUGAUCUAGAACCAGUACCCGUGGAGAAACGAAGCUGGGGGUUCUUUUCGUACUUUGGGUACUGGGGUGUGCCGAACGCUACGAUAUGGACGUGGAGCACGGGUGGUGCUUUGGUGGCUGUGGGGUUGAAGGUGCCGGCGAUUAUGGGUGCUAUCACUAUCGCCAAUGUCUUGAUUAUUGCUUAUACAUGCCUCAAUUCGUUGCCAGGGACGAAAUACCAUAUUGGGUUUCCACUUUCCCAGAGAAUGCUAUUUGGGAUUAGGGGGUCGUUUAUUGGUAUCAUUAUCAGGAUAGUGCUUUCGAUAGUGUUCUACGGUGCCCAGUCAUGGCUAGGCGGUGUUCUGGUAUCGCUUAUCAUAUCUGGGUUCAGCAAGAGCUUCUUGGAUAUGCCUCCUACGUUCCCAGAAAGCGCCCAAAUGAAACUACGAGACUUUAUUGGCUUUGUGGUGUUUCUGGUGGUCCAGGCAUGCUUUUUGUAUAUGAAGCCUGAGCUGUUCAAUGCCUUGUUGAUAUCGUCAUGUGGUUUCACUUUGAUAUGCUUCAUAGCGAUCUUGGCUCUUUGCAUAUCCGAUAACGGUGGCUCUGUGGGCUUGAUAAACCUGGACCUGGGCCUUACUGGUGACGGCUACGGCUGGGCUUGGCUCUAUGCCAUGCUGAUCUGGUACGGUGCCAUCUCGCCUGAAGUGCUCAACCAUAAUGACUUCUCUCGCUUUGCAGCCUCGCCCAAGAAGAUGUGUUUUGGAAUCACCUCGGCCAUCUUGAUAACAGGAACUUUUGUGCCAUUAGCUGGUCUUCUUUGCGCUUCGUCUACGUUGCUGAAAUAUAAUAAGAUGUUCUGGCUACCCACAACCAUUGUUCUUAGGUGGCUUCAUAUCGAAUACUCACCAGCAAACAGAGCUAUGGCAGUGAUCUUUGGCUUGGCUUUUUCGAUAUCACAACUUUCAUUCAACAUUGUCGCUAAUGGCAUUGCUGGAGGCAUGGAGAUGGCUGGCCUUCUCCCAAAAUACAUUAACAUCCGCCGUGGUGCUUACCUCACAGCUUUGCUUUCCUGGGCUGUCCAACCUUGGAAGUUUUUCUGGAGCUCUUCUACAUUCCUUGACGUAAUGAGCUCUUUUGGGGUCGUGGCUACGCCAUUGAUAGCCCUUCAGAUUGCUGAUUUCAUUGUCGUCCGACGUAUGGAAUUGCCCAUAGACGAUCUUUAUACUGCUCGAGAAGAUGGCACGUUCUUCUAUACCAAGGGCUUCAAUAUCAGGGCUAUUGUUGUUUGGAUAGUUAGUGUGGUCCCUAGCUUACCAGGACUCAUCAGUGUUGAGUCUAAGGCUGUACAUGGAACACUUCAGGGCCUUGAAAACUUCUAUUUCGGCAACGUUAUAUUUGCAUUUGUGAUUCCUUUCGUUUUGUACAUUUUGGUCUGCUGGAUCUGGCCUCCAGAAGGUAGCAAUAUGCUUAAAGGUGCUCAGGACAAGGGAGUAGAAGUAGAGAGCGUUCGUGUUGACUCUGCUUCAUUAAAAAGAGAUAUUGUGGUCGCUUCACUGGUGAAGACGUCGGAAAUAUAG